AUGUGCAUGUGGGUGGAUACUCAAGACAAGAUCAUGCGCACCCCUUUUGAAUAUAUCCCAAGACUUAGGCUAGAAAUAUCAACAAUUCUCUCAGGAAUUGCAAAGAUUCAUGCAGACGACUUGACUCCUCUUGAAGAAUACUUGAAUAGUUACCUUAAGAGGGUAGACAGUUUCAACGAUGUACAAUCUUCAUAUUCUGCACAGUUGCUAUCAACAGGGUCCGUCCCAUUUAGGUGUGAAUUUAUUCUCCGUAUGUCUCGUCGUGAUAAUGCUCUUCUUACUGCAAAUGGUUCCAUAGAUCAUUUUAAGACUAUUACUGAUGCAAUUGCAUCAGUCCCAAAUAACUUAAACACACGAUUUUAUAUUCAUGUAACUCCUGGUACUUACCAUGAGUGUCUUCAAAUCCCACCAACCAAGACCUUCAUCGCUUUGAUCGGCGAUAAUGCACUCACCACCAUUAUUGUUGAUGAUAGAAGUAAUGCUCGUGGAUUCAAGACAAUUGACUCUGCAACUCUUACGGUUAAUGGUAAUAAUUUUCUUGCACAAUCAUUGACAUUUAAGAACUCCGCUGGUCCUCAAAAUGGCCAAGCAGUGGCAGUUCUUGACGAAGCUCACUUCACUACGUACUACAAGUGCAGGUUCUUAGGUUUUCAAGACACUUUGUACGUCAGAGGGAAACCUCAAUUCUUCAAAGAGUGUGAUAUCUAUGGCAGUGUCGACUUUAUUUUUGGAGAUGGCUUAGUUAUGUUUCAAGAUUGUAACAUCUAUGCCCGAGAACCAAACAGGUCUAUCACAAUCACUGCUCAAUCAAAAAAACAAUUACACGAAGAAAGCGGCUUUUCAUUUCAAAAUUGUACUAUCACUAUUUCUUCGGAGAUAGCAGCCAACAAAGCCGACGUCAAGAUCUAUCUUGGCCGACCGUGGAGACAAUAUUCACAGGUUGUGUUCAUGGAGUCAUUUCUUGAUAAGGAGGUGAUGCCUAAAGGAUGGUUAAAGUGGUCAGGGGUACCGUUGAACAAUUUGUUUUACGGAGAGUUUAAUAACCGUGGUCCUGGGGCAGAUGUUUCUAAAAGAAUUCACUGUACUGGGUUUCAUGUGUUAGAUAAGCAGUCAGCCAAUCAAUUUACUAUAAACUUUGUUAAUGGAUCUGACUGGUUACCUGAAACUGGUGUUCCAUUUAGAAGUGGACUUUUUUCUGAAUGA